AUGGCUUCACGUACAAGCAUCAACUGGAAGUGUUUGCACGUUCGCCCUCAAGAUGUUCCCUCUUUAACACGGGAACAUACGGCGCAUGUCGUUGGGCCUAGUCCAUAUGAUGGCCUACUGGAAAUUGCUGUGCCCAAUCACCCACCCUUCGAUUCUCGGUAUGCGGACCUAUCUAAGAAGCCCCCAGUGUCCAUUGAGUCAAUGAUGUCCAAGUACUUGUUGCACAUGCACGGACCGGUGGUCGCCUAUCAGUGCGCACUCUUGAACUUUGUUGAAAUUAUUCGAAAGGGCAUCGCCAAGCAUGGAACGAGUCUGGCAGAGUAUUACCUGGAGCGAUACAGCCUUACUACUCCAUGGAUCGAAUACAUCCUCGUAUUUGAUGCACUGUCUGUAUGUCUCUAA